AUGCUGUUGUGUUGUAUCUCGAAAAUGUUUGAAUUGCUGUUUAAAGGCAGCUUGCCAGGAAUCUGGAGUGGUACGGAUUUCAGCCUCCAACUUCACGGUACCACCUAUCAUAUCGUACUCUUUGUUACAGUAAUCUACUGUAUGCUAACAAUAUGUGGUCUGAUCACCGUAUCGCUUUUCAUAGCGGUGCUUAUCAAAGCAAGAGCAAUAUUCAGAGAGUAUCCUUUUUUCGUCAUAGUCUGGCAGGUAACGAUAGCGAAUGCGCUGAAUUUAAUAAUUCAAGCCAUUUGUAUUCUACCGUGCACAUUUUUGGACUCCACAGAAGGUGGCUUGUCUGUGUGGUACACAGUUGGUGCUUAUAUGAUCGACUUAAGCGAUAUCUCAGUGAUGUGCUUCAUUUUUCUCAUGGCGUUGAAUCGUUUCGCGGUGUUUGUGCUGAAACCUCUUGAAAAAGCAUUCACACAAAAAAAUGUCACCUAUUCAAUUUUGCUCACAUGGUUGUUGGUCAUCGCAUUUUUCAUUGUGAAAGUUGAUUUUGGACCUAUACGAAUGAAGAAAAGCGCAAAUUGGGGAAUUAAGGAUUUUUUUAUCCGUAGACAUGUGGGAAUGACGGUGAUAAUAUUGAUCGGAUAUAUAGUACCUAUCGCUAUUCUCCUUAUCUACAUUGCCAUCUAUGCUUAUAUUCGAAAACGUCGCUCAUCAGUGGAGUUAGCGAAAAGCGAUAAAAACGACAUUGCCUUACUUUGGCAGGGAUUUAUCCUAGCCGUUUCUUUAUUUUUUUUUCGUGCUAUCAGCACCGUUGCGCCACGUAUUCAAACAGUUCUUUGGCUCGCAUGGCUCCUGAAUCUUCUCAGAGGAAUGAGUUCAGUUGGAAAUCAUAUGCUUAACUCGAUUCUUUUCCUAAUUACAAAUAGAACGAAUUCAGGAUUCAUGUGGACGAUUUCCGUGAUUUUAUUGGUGUGCGUAGUCGAACAAGGAACGGCAAAUUGUUUCGGCAGUCUUUCCGAUUUGCCGAAUUUGGAAGAGCUGGAAGCGUGUGCCAAUGUUCCGGCGGCCGAUAUCCGUUCUUGUGUCGACGAUUAUAUGGAAGUCGUUUCAGCAAAUCCAACUACUGGUAUCGGGCCAUUACUCGAUCCUGACGUCUUGGAGGCAGCGGUGAAAUGUCGCGUGAAAUAUAGUGCUAAGCAUGGCUAG